AUGCCUAAACCAGAGGAGAUCAAUAUUCAAGUAAAAAAUAUCGAUGUUGCAGCAGGAGAGAUAAUUGGCAUUUUGGAGGAUACAAGCAAAGGAAAUGUGACCUUCGUCCGUGGUUGGUAUGGACUUGGGGCAUCAGCAGCACUCAAGGCAGUAGCGCAACGUCUGAAAUCAUCAAAAUCAAAGUUUGACAGGGUUGUUCAUGUGGAUUGCUCGGUGUGGAAAAGCAUGAGGGCCCUGCAAAAGGCAAUCGCGGAGGAGCUGGAGCUUCCGCCAUCGAUGAUGGCCAUCUUUGAUCAGCAGGACGAGGAGGAUGAUUUCAGUGGGAUAGACCAUGGCUGUCGAGAGGUGAUACCAGAUAUCAGUACAGAAAUCUUCAGAAGGCUUGCUGGCAGUAGUUUUGUGGUGAUAUUUCACAAUGGAAGUAACAGAUACAUUGAUCUGUACAAGUGUGGUGUCCCAGUACAAUCAUUAUUUUUGAGUAUUAAGGUGUUGUGGACAUGGAACGGGAGGUUUCAAUCCAAAUACAUAGAUAUAUGGGAUUGGGAAAAGAUGGAGCUGCAAACUGAUGUUGUUGUCAAUUAUUCUCAUGAUGAUUGCAUCCGUGAUGAGGCAUUAAUGGAAGAGGCCAAGGAGAUUGUCGGUUAUAUGGGUAUUCCAGAGCCUGACAUGAAACAUAUGAUAGUUGAGAAGUGCUUCCAGUAUGCCUAUGCACUGGGGUCUGGCAGCUGUUUCAAUUGGUUCAGUUGGAGGAACUGGGAGAAGCAUGUUUUCAACUACUUUGUAUGCGAUGGGAUUAUACAAGGGCAAGGAGAUAAUUCGGCAUGGGGAGUAGACGAUGCUCUACAGAGAAACAUGUCUAUGGAUUGGCUUCGUUUCCGCACUGAUGAUGACGUUCUUCGCCACUUGCAGUGCAGGCUUCAUGACCGCUUGCUUUUGGUGCAACACAAGAAGGGCCUCCUACCUGAUAAUAUUGGCAUGGAUCUUUCUGAGGCGACAUCCUCGACAUUACCAGAUGGCAUAUUCCAACAUUCACACAGCAGCAAGCUGCGUGUGUUACAUCUCUCUUGGUGCGGCUUCAGUUUUGAAUCGCCUCCCUUCCUGUGUUGCAACCAGCUAAGAUUCCUCCAGCUAAACGAAUGCAGAAAUAUCCCAUCUGAUAAGCAUCCAAGCCACAACGAAGACAUGUCAUGCUUCCAGAAGCUAUGGGUGUUGCACCUUUGUUGUACAAACUGGUAUAGGUUACUAUCAGAAGAGAUGAUGAACUUUAUGGCUGACCUCAGGGAGUUGACUGUGGAAGAAGUCGAGGAUUGGAGCAUAAGUGAUUUACGUGGCAGGUUUCCUUCCCUUGUCAAGGUCCACGUAGAGGAACAAGGCUACUACUUACCAACCAAGGACCACAACUUGCCUGACCUGUCUAGCGCAAGCUUCCUUAAGACAGUCAUCCUUAUCAAUUGUGUUCAUGUGGAACAGGUUGUCCCCGGCAUGCUGCCCCCAUCGCUUGAGUCAUUCACCUUCAUAUCUAGAAUUUCUUUCGGGGAUUGUUCUCAGUUGAAGAGUAUACUAUUGCAAGGAGAUCUACAGAAACUCGAGAAGCUGGACCUCUCAGGCACAGCAGUGAAAACCCUCGACCUCAGAGGGUUGGAAAUUAACAAUAUCAAAUUCCUCAUCUUGUUGGGCUGUGAGAAGCUUUAUGCAAUAUUAUGGCCACCAGAAAACAAAAGGACAAAGGUUUUGGAGGUACUGCACAUCGACACCACACGAUCUACAUCACCUAGCCAAGCUAAUUGGGAAGAAAAACCCAGCGACCCUAUUGCAGCCGUGGGAUCAUCAUCUAUUCUUGUUGCUACUACUACUGAACUGGGCAUCAGUCGACAUGCGUCUUUUGAUUUUAAAUGGUACAUCUCUCCAAGGGAUACAAGGAUCCUUAGGUCGCUUGAACCGGUUAAAAAUAUUGAGCACAGUCCUGUAUAUAUGGAAAUGGGUUCAGCUCCUACAAGUGGUGCUAUUGUUGGUGACAGUGAAGCUGCUCAAGGAAUCCGUAGUCUAUGCAAGCCUGAUAAGUAUUUAUAUGCAAGUGAUGCCUUCUUUCAGAGCGACCUACAGGCUGGCACUGAUAAUGAAGGUGCAAUCAGCUGGAUUUGGGAUUGCCCAGCUAUCCCUACUCCAACGGCUCAAGACUUGUAUGUUCACUUACAAGAUAAUCAGGGGAUGAAGAGGGGAUUACUGCAACAACAACAGGGCAACAUCGAAGGAAUUAAUAUUAGUCCUGAUUCACUCUCUUGCCAGGUAUUUAACAAUGCUCGCAUGCUUCAUGUGCAUGAUAGCUCCUCCAUCACUUGCAUCACAUGCCCGCAAGGUUCAUACUGGAGGAGCCUUGAAUGGUGCCGAGUCGAGAGGUGCCCCGAGCUGCGUACUGUCUUUCGUACUGCCCAACAAAGUGAGGGUGAUAGCUUCUGUCAUCAGUUGAGCACAUUCUGGGCAUCUCAACUCCUGAAGGCACGCUACAUCUGGUAUUGGAGUGCAAUGCAUGUGUUUUCCUCUGUACGCAUAGUACUAUUGCACCUGGACUACUGCCCUAGGCUCAUACAUGUGCUUCCUUUGUCCGAGUCUGUGGACACUUUGCCUUGCCUGGAUACCCUGGAAAUUGUGUGUUGCGGUGAUCUUAGGGAGAUCUUCGCUUUGGACCCUAAGCAAAAGGAGCAGAAAGUUAUACAGUUUCCCAAGCUAAGGCGCAUCCACCUGUAUGAGCUCCCCAGCCUGCGGCGCAUCUGUGGGAGCAAGAUGUCUGCGCCCAAUUUGGAGACUGUCAAGAUCAGGGGCUGCUGGAGCCUCAGGUUCCUUCCUGCUGUCAGCGGAAACAACGAGAAGAUGCCUAGUGUGGACUGCGAGAAGGAAUGGUGGGAUAACCUUGAGUGGGACGGGGUGGAGGAGAACCACCACUCUUCACUCUAUGGGCAUAGCCACUCAUCAUACUACAAGGCCCAGCUGCCAAGAGGCACAGUUCUAAGGUAA